GUCAACAUGAAAAUAUUUAUUAAUUUAUUUCUUUGCACUGUUUCUUUGCAAAAUUCUCUGGAGGCCAGAUCAAAAUAUGUGGAUAAUUUACCACCGUUUUCUUAUCAACAAGCGCUGAAAAAUCUUCAGAUAUAUGAAAGUGUCCACAGAGACGGCACCGUUGGAACUUUGGAUUCCAGUUUGCAAAUGAUGCAUCAAAUUGAUUGGAGAAUCUUCUCAAUAUUACACACUCUACUUGGAAAUUCUAGCGAGCAAUGCUUUAUUGAUAUCACUACUAUCUUAUCAGAUAUAGUGAAUCGCAAUAUAAGUGGAUUUCGAUGGUUAGACGCCUCUGGCCACUUACCGGGUGGGGUGCUUAGUGGUGCCUACACCUGGGUUGGCAGAUUUGAUGCCUGCUUGAGUAUAGCCGAAGGACAACACACUGUUGGGGACAGUAUACCUUCCCAAUACUGUUCCGUGCUCAUUCGGCUUCCGAUUGAGAAAGUUGGUUCGCUUAACAUGCCGUCUGGAAUUAGCAUCGGUUUAUGCGUUCCUCGCUCAUGUGAUGCACAAAACUUCACUCGGUUUAUCUCCACAGUGGCCACCCAUUUCUCAGUAAAGAUAGAUGAGAUGGCCACCUACUGCCAUUCAAGCCCCGCUGGAUUACCGAAGGAUGCUUGGUUCUGGGUCGCUGUAGUUACCGGACUUGUGCCAUUAGUAUUAACAAUGGUUGCUACUUUGGUCGAAGGUUACAUUUGGAUUAACUGGAAACUAAACCUCACACGUCGCCAAAGUAGGAAGGCUGUCAUGAACGACGAAAAUGAAGAGUCCUUGGAUGACGAGUGUCUGGACCGUCAACAGGAAAGAACGCCCAUCUAUGUGGAUGAAGCGAGCUCUGCCGUUCUAGACUGCUCUCACGAAGCAUAUCGAAAGGACUUCAUGGUCGUAAGCGGCUGGCCUUUGGAGGCAUUGUUGGCCUUUUCACUUCCCAGCAAUAUGCAGAAACUACAAUAUCCACCGAGACGAUGUCAAGAGAAACGCCAUCCUCUAACCAUGCUCAAUGGAAUCAGAGUGAUUACCACAUUGUGGGUCAUUUACUAUCACUGCGCUAUCUUUUCGUUUUUCUCUUCUAAUAAUGCUGCCGUUUAUGUGCAAGAAAGUGUGCGAUGGUGGCCGUUUCAACUGGUCGUCAGUGGCCCGCUCUCGGUGGAUACCUUUUUCCUAAUGUCAGGUCUCGUGGCAGUGUAUAUGGCGAUUCCACGUAUUCAAGAGAUGAACGGGUGUUUCAAUCAUUUUAAGUUUUGGAUACUCGCCGCGAAGCACCGUUUCAUGCGGUAA